UUUCCUAGUUUCACCACUUGAACUUGGGACCCUUUGCUGCCCUCAGCUAAGAGUGCGGGUGAGCGCACAAGCCCAGGAGGAGGUCCGCACGCGUCAUGAACUUGGAGACGGGCAGCCGGGGCUCAGAGUUCGGCAUGAGCGCAGUGAGCUGCGGCAAUGGGAAACUCCGACAGUGGUUGAUCGACCAGAUCGACAGCGGCAAGUACCCCGGGCUGGUGUGGGAGAACGAGGAGAAGAGCGUCUUCCGCAUCCCGUGGAAACACGCGGGCAAGCAGGACUACAAUCGUGAGGAGGACGCUGCCCUCUUCAAGGCUUGGGCAUUGUUUAAAGGCAAGUUCCGAGAAGGGAUCGACAAGCCAGAUCCUCCUACUUGGAAGACAAGAUUACGAUGUGCUCUGAACAAGAGCAAUGACUUUGAGGAAUUGGUCGAGAGGAGCCAGCUGGAUAUCUCUGACCCAUACAAGGUGUACAGGAUUGUUCCAGAGGGAGCCAAAAAAGGAGCAAAGCAGCUCACUUUGGAUGACACACAGAUGGCCAUGGGCCACCCCUACCCCAUGACAGCACCUUAUGGCUCUCUGCCAGCCCAGCAGGUUCAUAACUACAUGAUGCCACCCCAUGACAGGAGCUGGAGGGAUUAUGCCCCUGACCAGUCACACCCAGAAAUCCCAUAUCAAUGUCCUGUGACGUUUGGCCCACGAGGCCACCACUGGCAAGGCCCAUCUUGUGAAAAUGGUUGCCAGGUGACAGGAACCUUUUAUGCUUGUGCCCCACCUGAGUCCCAGGCUCCUGGAAUCCCCAUUGAGCCAAGCAUAAGGUCUGCUGAAGCCUUGGCGCUCUCAGACUGCCGGCUGCAUAUCUGCCUGUAUUACCGGGACAUCCUCGUGAAAGAGCUGACCACGACGAGCCCUGAAGGCUGCCGGAUCUCCCACGGACACACCUAUGAUGUUAGCAACCUGGACCAGGUCCUGUUUCCCUACCCGGACGACAAUGGACAGAGGAAGAACAUUGAGAAGUUGCUGAGCCACCUGGAGAGGGGACUGGUCCUCUGGAUGGCUCCAGAUGGGCUUUAUGCCAAAAGACUCUGCCAGAGUAGGAUCUACUGGGAUGGGCCCCUGGCACUGUGCAGCGAUCGGCCCAACAAGCUAGAAAGAGACCAGACUUGCAAGCUCUUUGACACACAGCAGUUUCUAUCAGAGCUGCAAGUGUUUGCUCACCAUGGCCGGCCAGCACCGAGAUUCCAGGUGACUCUGUGCUUUGGUGAGGAGUUUCCAGACCCUCAGAGACAGAGGAAGCUCAUCACAGCUCAUGUGGAACCUCUGCUAGCCAGACAACUGUAUUACUUUGCUCAACAAAACACUGGACAUUUCCUGAGGGGCUACGAGUUACCUGAACACGUUACCACUCCAGAUUACCACCGCUCCCUCCGUCAUUCUUCCAUCCAAGAGUGAGAAGAAAUACUCUGACAGGGCAGCCGGCUGCUGCCCUUUCUCUUUGGAAGAGCUAAGAAGUGAGUGGGUUUCCACUUGAAGACAACAACAGGGCUUUGUGAGGAAAAACAGCUGUAUCUGCUCAACAGAGGAGCUUCCCCCAGAAGAGUGCCUGUCAUCCAGGUCUUGACAAGUGCCAGGACUUGGGUGACUGUGCCCUGGCUUAUAACUGUGAAACUUGAUCAGUGUUGUGUUUACAUGUACUUGAAUGCUGGCUUUAGCCUGGUAUAGAUGGACUUUUGCUUGAAGACUGAAAACCUGUGCCAGCAUGAAUCCCUGACAAGAGAAGACAUACGUAUUAUUGGUCCAUUUCUCAGGGAAGUAAAGUCUAGACUAGAGACUACGCUGUCCACUCACAGAGAAACGCAUUCCUGGAUAGAGGAGCUGUAGGUUGCCCAGAUCAUGUCCACUGAGUGAAGGGACUUGGUUCUUAGGUCCAGUCUAGGCUAUCAUGUCCUGAUCCUGCACUCUCUCUGAGUAGACCCUACAUCCUGUUUGCUCCCUCUUCUUGCCCUUCCCUAAAAGCCAGCUGGUGGACUCUUGUUGCCACAUACUUGAGCCAAAAAACCAUCAGGGACAUAUAAGAUGAGACAUGUUUGCAUCUCCUCUGAUCUAACAACGGCUACAAAGUUUUUUGUUGUUGUUGUCUCCCCUUUCUGUUUUGCCUCUCAUUCUUUAGAAUUGUUGCUUUUUUGUAAAGAAAGGAAGAGAGAGAGACCGAAUAUACUAGAGAUAGAUUUUUAAAAUUCUGUGCCAUUUCCCCUUCUAUUUGUUUUGUUGGCCAUCAGUGGUCCCCAUGGCAACACUGGAAGGGCGGAGCCUUUGAGCAGGUUGGGAACUGUCCCGGACACCAGUGGUUCAGUGUACAGCUGUAGACUCAGUGAGCUGUUUCUGCUUAUUUUGUAUAUUAGAUGCUUCCUUGUGCCAAUAAUAGUUUGACAGAGUCUCAAAGCUACCGGGCUUCUUUUCCAACAACACAUUCUUUCACAGAAUCCCAAAGAGUCUCACUUGCCUUCACAACCGUCUGAUCCUUUAUUGUUACUGUUUUGUUUAGGUGGCUUUGCCAUGCUCUGGGAUUUUUCUCCUACCACAACAUCAUUCCUGACUCUUUCGGGCUCAGAAAGAGUUAAGCGCUCUUGCACACUUGGCACUUACUUCUUUUUAAUUUUUUUUUUAACAUGCCACUCUUAAUAUUUCUUCUUAAGUCUUUCAGCAGCAUACAUUCAAUAAGCAAUGGACCAUUGGGUGUCUCAUUUCAUUGUUUUAUUUUUAAAAAGGAACCUUUGACAAAUAAUACACAUUACAGAAAAUGGAAGCAUUUUUCAUAGAGAAGGUAAGAACUGAAAUGCAUUUUAUGUUCGAAUCCUCCUUGCUAGUAUUAGCCCCAAGAGUUCAGUCUGUCCUUUAAGCAUGUUUUAGUUUUCAAUACAUAUAUAUGAAGUUGCCCUUUCUUAGAGAGAGAGAGAGAGAUAUGUGAUGACACUCUUAUGUACCCAACUAUACAGAUUUACCUCAUCUUUUGAGUGGCAUGUGGACUUCCACUGCUAUGUGCCUAGGUGCAGUUUAGACAUCUUCUUAGCUACCCAUCCCAGCAGCCCACUGAGUCUCGUGAACUAAAGUCACUUAUACAUCUUAUAGAUGCAAAACAUUCUGGGGUAUAUUAUCCCAAGGGAAGAUGAAGGCAAAAUCGGGAAGCACUCUUCCUGAGGCCCCAAGCCACAGCUGUCCUCCUGGAGUAUCUUAACCAUAUCUGGCACUUCACCAAGGUCCCUUGCCUGGUCCUGUAUGACCAUGACUCUUCAGUCCAUAAGCAGAUGCUUUGUCUCAAUUGCCAUGUGAAGUCUUUUGGUUUUUGGUUUUUUUCCUUAAUGUUAAGCUGUUUUAACAGUGAAGCUGAAUUUUCUGGAAAAUGCUGUAUGGUUCGAGCCCCCAGUUCAUGUUUCACUUUACAGCCAUGCAUGCUGAUGCCUUCCAUCUUGACAAAUGGAAUGAUGGGUAAACACUCCUGACACAAAGAGGAACACCUUCCUCGUCCCUUGCUGAAACAAAGUGCAAUGCACACAGUAGAAUUUAGUUUGCUUGCACUGGAAGAUGCCGUUGAAGAGGUAGGCUGAGGAACACUGUAUCCUAGGGAGAAAAUAUGCAAGUCUCACGGGUGCUUUCUGUUGGCUUGUUUCUGGUCCUUGAGCAGGCUUAAGUAUCUAGUUUCAAACUAGAAGCCCCAAAGCCCUCAGUCGUUGUCCUGGACAGAGUUGGUAGACCCCACCUGUAGAAAUCCAGAUGCACUCUGGGAUUGGAGCACAGAGAGGCUUGCUCUAUCGUGAGAAUGCCCAGCCUGCAGAGGCCCAGGUGCGGUGCCUGAGUGGCUGUAUGCCAGACACAGGAACGCCAGCAGGCUGAGUGUGGUGACUGAUAUGUGAGGUGCCCUUGCCCUGCAGACAGGCUGAAUGUGAGCCCCAGCAGCAGAGGAUUCUGAGAGUCAGGGUGGUGUCAUGUCCUACACAGGAAGAGCCUUCAAUAUUACUUUUUAAACGAACUUUCCCAUUGCUGAUAUUUUGAUAAAAACCCACACAAGGUUUAAUUACAUGCCCCCUCAUCCCUCUCCACACAGUCUUGCCCAUCCCACUGGUGAAUUGUUGUUGUUCUUGUUGUUGUUUUUUGUUAUUGGUGAAAAUUGUGAAAUUGUUAAGGUCUCUGUUUUUGUUAUUUAUCUCCCUAAAUCACAUGGCUGCUGCAUACAUUGCAAUGUUGCCCUACCACAUGUAUGUUUUUGCAAGUUGCUUCUUCACUCAUUGAAGAAGCCUGCACCGUAAGUGAAACUCACUUAGUCCUUGCUAAUUGCUGCUCACUGUCACGUGAACGCAGAGAAGGCUGAUUUUCCUGGACCCAUUUUCAGUGCUUUGAGGAACAUGAGUCCAGAGUAUAUUGAAGUAGAAGACAGUGUUUGGCAAGCCAGUUCUUAUUAGACACUGCUACAGGCUUCACAAUCUUCAAGGUGGACCCACCUCAUGUGGAAGGGCAUCAUUGCCCCUCUGCUCCCAUGCGCUGUGCACCCCCUUCACAGUGAAAGACCUGCUGGGGACCAGGACUCAGAGAUCUCUGGCUUCGAGCUCAUAUCUUGGCUUCCUGUCAUGUCUAAGCCCGACAGGAAAGUGUGGCACCAUCCUGCCUGCGGCGUUGGAUGGAUAGGCCAUGGAUUUUGCUGUAAACUUGCUUCACAAGGAAAGCUGUGUGUUUUAAAAUAUUUGAUAAAUAAAGGAUUUCUAGAAAGAUUG